AUGGCCCUCCGGGGCCCUCCAGCCGGGCGCCCUCAGCGGGUAGUGAAGUCCGUCGGAGCAAUCCGAAAACCGGUUCUACAGCAGAGAGAACGGAGCGCCAGGCCUGUGUGGGCUCGGGGCGGGCGCGGGGCGCCCCUGGUCCUGGCGCCUGGCCCUGGCGCCCGGCCCGCACUCCUUCUGCCCUUUGGCCCCGGCGCUGCCGCGAAGGGCCCUGGGCGGGCGCCGUGUCCGCCCCGGCAUCGGGUCUCCUGCCUUUAUUUUGAGCCGUUCUCCCGUGUGUUCCGUUUCAGAGCCAUUCAGUACGCGUGCAUGUUGCUUAGGUAUUUGUUAGAGCCCCAGGCUGGCAGAGAGGAGGUGGUGACGAAGCUCAGGAGUCUGGAGGCCAGUGCCAGCAGUGGCCGCAAAUGUAAGUACCUGUCUGGGGGCAGCGCAGGUCCUGUCUGGCCAGUAGCGCUGGCCGGUUCAGUCAGCGGCGGCUGCCCCUGGGGAGGAACCAGCGAGGUCACACGUCUGCACGGACACGGACUCCCCGGCGGAGUCCACACGGCGCCGCGGGAGCCCCCCGCGUGCAGCGUGGCUGAGGAGGAGACCGAGUGGCUGCAGUCGCUGCUCCUGCUCCUGUUCCGCGCGCUGCGGCGGCAUCCGCCCCUGUUCCUGGACACGGUGAAGAACUUGUGCGACCUCCUGAUCCCCCUGGACCAGCUGGGCAUCUACAGGUCCAACCCCGGCGUCAUCGGGCUGGGCGGGCUCGUGUCCUCCGUGGCCGGCAUCGUGGUCGUGGCCUGCCCGCACCUGAAGCUGAAGACCCGCUGAGCCGAGGGCGUCGCCAGACCGCCUGCGGCCCGCGAGCGAGCGCUCUGCGCGGAGGUGGCAGGCGGAGGGCUGGGGCCCCCGCGGAGGUCCACGAGCCGCAGCCACGCCGCCCUCGGAGCCGCCCCUGAGAGCUGCCCGCGGCCGAGCGCCUCUCACUGGACACCCGGAAAAAAUCAAAAACCCAAACAACCCCACGGUGCACACGCGUGGCCUCCCCGGCCCAGCCCCCAGACCCGGAGCCCCGCGGCCCACGCCC